CUUAUAAAUCUGGAGUGGUGGUUGCGGUGGCGGUCGGAGGUGUUGGCAUCGUUGCUGUAAAUCUCUUCCUCGCCGAGCUCUCUGGUUCAUCGCUCCCUCCUGAUUAGGGAUCCUGCACCGGUGGCGAGGAUGGGGACGACGAUCGCCGCCGAUUGCCUCCACCAAUUCGUGGAGGAGACGGACUGGUACAACGGGAUCGUGCUGGACGCGCUCGUGCCGGGCGGUUCCUGGAAGCGCCUCCCACGGCCGCUACAGUCGUGGCUGCGCAACUACAUCGGCGGCACCGCCCUUUACUUGGUCUCCGGCUUUCUCUGGUGCUUCCACAUUUACUACUUGAAGCGCAAUGUUUACAUCCCCAAAGAUUCUAUACCUUCAAACAAAGCAAUGCUUCUGCAGAUAAUUGUUGCAAUGAAGGCUAUGCCCUGGUACUGUAUGCUCCCAACACUUUCAGAAUACAUGGUUGAAAAUGGAUGGACCAGAUGCUUUUCUAGUGUAGGAGAAGUUGGUUGGCCAGCUUACAUUGUUUACCAAACAAUAUAUUUAUUGAUUGUUGAGUUUGGUAUAUACUGGAUGCACAGAGAGUUGCAUGACAUAAAGCCAUUAUACAAGUAUCUUCAUGCAACACAUCACAUCUACAAUAAGCAGAAUACACUCUCUCCUUUUGCUGGAUUGGCAUUCCAUCCAUUGGAUGGGAUAUUGCAGGCUGUGCCACAUGUGAUAGCUCUCUUUCUUGUCCCAAGCCAUUUCAGGACUCACGUACUUCUCCUGUUCUGUGAGGCUGUCUGGACGGCAAACAUCCACGACUGCAUCCAUGGUAAGAUUUGGCCAGUUAUGGGUGCAGGCUACCAUACAAUCCAUCAUACCACAUACCGGCACAACUACGGUCACUACACGGUAUGGAUGGAUCAGAUAUUUGGAACUCUUCGAGAUCCUGAGGAGGAAUUCAAAAAGGCAGAUUGAUGCAGAUCCAAUGAUUGAUUCUUCCAGGUGAGUGAGCUGCCGAAGUCCCCAUGUGUCCUGUUUCUGAAUUUUAAUUUAGCAUUGUUGAUGCCAUCUUUAAAUGGUCUUGUGUAUGAUUAAUUGAGUUGCCUCCCUAACUAAGUUGGUCCUGUUUCUGAAGUUUAAUUUAGCAUUGUUGAUGCCAUCUUUAAA